AUGCGAAUUCUCAUCGCUCUCGGCUUGUGCGUUGCCGCCAACUAUGUGUCGGCUCACAGCGAUCCCGAAUUGCACAUGGAUACGCCUCAAAUCAUCACUCGUUGGGGAUAUCCAGCGUUGAUCUACACGGUGACCACCGAGGAUGGCUACAUUCUCGAGCUUCAUCGGAUCCCGGCGGGCAAAAGUCGGCAUCCAAAUGUGACGUGGCCGAAUGGCAAGAAGCCGGUGAUGUUCAUGCAGCACGGUCUGCUUUGCGCCAGCAGCGAUUGGGUCAGCAAUCUGCCCGACGAGAGCGCCGCGUUUCUAUUCGCCGACGCCGGAUUCGACGUGUGGCUUGGCAACAUGCGCGGCAACACCUAUUCGAAGAAGCACAAGAACCUGAAACCAUCGCACGAGUCGUUCUGGAAGUUCAGUUGGGAUGAGAUGGCGCAAUACGAUCUCGAAGCGAUGAUCGGCCACGUGCUGGAGGUCACCGGACAGGACAGCGUUUACUACAUGGGACACUCGCAAGGCACACUGACAAUGUUCUCGCAUCUGUCGAAGGACGAUGGAAGUUUCGCGAAGAAGAUCAAAAAGUUUUUCGCGUUGGCUCCGGUCGGAGCUGUCAAACAUAUCAAGGGCUUCUUGUCGUUCUUCGCGCACUAUUUCCGACCAGAAUUCGAUGGAUGGUUCGACAUUUUCGGUUCCGGCGAAUUUCUGCCCAACAACUGGGCGAUGAAGCUCGCCGCCAAAGACAUUUGCGGAGGCCUCAAAAUCGAGUCGGAGCUGUGCGACAACGUGCUCUUCCUCAUCGCCGGUCCCGAGAGCGAUCAAUGGAAUUCGACAAGAGUUCCCGUGUACGCGUCGCACGAUCCGGCGGGCACAUCGACACAAAACAUUGUGCAUUGGAUGCAAAUGGUUCGGCACGGAGCGGUGCCGGCGUACGAUUGGGGAAGCAAGGAGAACAAGAAGAAGUACGGACAGGCCAAUCCGCCGCUCUACGACUUCUCGGCGAUCAAAGGAACACAAAUCUAUCUAUACUGGAGCGAUGCCGAUUGGCUGGCUGAUACUGCCGACGUGACCGAAUUCCUUCUCACCCAUUUGAAUCCUGAUGUCAUUGUGCAAAACAAUCAUUUGCCCGACUUCAAUCAUCUCGAUUUCACGUGGGGUCUACGCGCUUCCGAUAUGAUCUACAAGCCGAUCAUCGAUAUUUGUACGAAGGAUUAUACUGGAAAUGUUUAG